AUAUGCUGUGGAGAGAAUUAACCAUAACAAAGAUAUUCUCCCCAAAACAAGAUUAUCAGCUCAGAUAGAGAAGAUUCCACCCAGGGACUCCUUUCAUGCAUCAAAACGAGUUUGCCAUCUACUGAAGUCUGGUGUAGCUGCCUUAUUUGGUCCUGAGUCUGGGUCAACUUCUAGUCAUGUUCAAUCCAUUUGUGAUGCUAUGGAGAUCCCACAUAUAGAGACUAGAUGGGACUUUCUUAUCAAGAGAGACGAUUACUCGAUAAACUUGUAUCCAAGUCCAAAACAGAUAAGUAUGGCAUAUCUGUCUCUAGUCAAAGUGUUCGGCUGGAAACAUUUCACUAUUCUCUACGAGGAUAGCUCUGGACUUAUGCGAUUACAGGAGCUGUUGAAAUCCCCCACUGAGACAGAUAUCAAGAUAGUUGUCAAACAGCUAAACUUCCAAGAUGGAAACAAAGAAAUUUUACGUGAAGUAAAACAGAGUGGAGAAAUUCACAUUGUGCUUGAUUGCUCACAUCUGAGGGUUCAAUCCCUAUUAAAAGAAGCUCAAGUAGUUGGUAUGAUGACUGCCUACCAUAACUACCUCAUAACUAAUCUGGAUCUGCAUCUUGUAAACCUAGAAGAUUUUAAAUAUAGUGGAACCAACAUUACAUCCUUCCGUCUUGUGGAUCCCAGUAAUCCUGUAGUACAGAGUGUAGUUCAAACAUGGAUGUUGGGGGAGAAACGGUUUCCUGGUCGUAACUUUCCGGAAAACAUCCUUAUCAAGGAGGAUAUAGAAAUGAGUAUGAAGACUGAAACUGCUCUUAUGUAUGAUGCCGUCCAUCUGUUUGCCAAAGCUCUGGAUGAGCUAGAUCAAUCCCAGGUGAUCACAACAAAGCCUUUGAGUUGUCAUGGUAUGGAAACCUGGCAGCAUGGGAACUCACUGGUUAACUACAUGAAGCUGGUUGAGAUGGCAGGAUUAACAGGACGGAUCAAGUUUGACUCCCGAGGUUUAAGAACCGAUUUUGAACUUGAGAUCGUUGAACUUAAGAAGGAUGGGUUGCAGAAGGUUGGGGUUUGGCAUGAUCAGUUUGGAAUUCAGUUUUCCCGAAACUUUACGGAAACCUAUUCAGAAAUCGUUGAAAGCUUGCAGAACAAAACUCUGAUAGUUACUACGAUAAGGUCCCCGCCGUACAGCAUGUACAAGGAAUCAGCUGAGCGCCUGGUAGGGAACGAGGCUUUUGAAGGGUGGAUGAUGGAGCAUAUGGAUAUAAGAAUAUCAUGUUUAGAGUUUAAUUACACCUUCAAGUGGGUGGAUGAUGGAGCAUAUGGAUAUAAGAACAAGGAAACAGGAGAAUGGAACGGACUUAUGGGAGAACUAUUGUCCCAAAAAGCAGAUUUAGCUAUAGCCGACCUUACUAUUACAUAUGAGAGAGAACAAGCAGUAGAUUUCUCAAUGCCAUUUAUGAACCUGGGUAUUAGUAUUUUGUACAAAAAACCUCAGAAGCAACCCCCAGAGCUCUUUUCCUUCAUGCAGCCGUUGUCUGUGGAUGUUUGGAUCUAUAUGAUAUUUGCUUAUCUAGGGGUCUCUCUACUCCUCUUCAUUCUAGCAAGAUUUAGUCCGUAUGAAUGGGAUAACCCCCACCCAUGUAUAGAAGAGCCAGAAGUUCUGGUAAAUGAGUUUAGUUUGUGCAACUCCAUGUGGUUUACCAUUGGAUCUCUCAUGCAGCAAGGAAGUGAUAUAUCACCAAAAUCUGUCUCUACCCGGAUGGUUGCUGGGAUGUGGUGGUUCUUUACAUUAAUCAUGAUUAGUUCAUAUACAGCAAACCUAGCAGCUUUUUUAACAGUUGAGAGAAUGGAGUCUCCUAUCGAAUCAGCUGAUGAUCUUGCUAAGCAAACUAAAAUCAAAUAUGGCUGCCUGGAGUCAGGAUCAACAAGGGCAUUCUUCAGGGACUCGAAAAUCCCAACAUACUCCAGGAUGGCUUCUUUUAUGGAGUCUCAGAAACCAAGCGUCUUUACUAAGAGUAAUAAUGAGGGUGUGAACAGAGUUGUAAGUUCAGAUGAAACGUAUGCUUUUCUCAUGGAAUCCAACUCUAUACAAUAUCAAAUAGAAAGAAACUGUGAUUUGAUCCAAGUUGGUGGAUUAUUGGAUUCCAAAGGAUAUGGGAUUGCUUUCACUCCAGGAUCUCCAUAUCGAAUCCCUAUCUCCAGUGCUAUCCUCCAGCUACAAGAGGCUGGUCGUCUUCAUGUGCUCAAGAACCGUUGGUGGAAGCAGAGACGAGGCGGAGGAAAAUGUGACAUGGCAUUGAAGAAGGAUACAGCUAAUGAACUCAGCUUGGAUAGUGUUGGCGGUGUCUUUGUUAUUCUAAUUGCAGGGAUGGGGAUUGCCUGCUUGAUAUCAGUUCUAGAGUUUUGUUGGAAGUCUGGACGUGUAGAAAGUAAAGUCAACGUUAAACACAGUGCUUUGGUUGUGCAAGCCCUCUCCCAUACUAACUCCAAUAUGUUCAAGAUUGCAGGAAUACAUCAAGAAGCAGCUAUUUGUAAUCAUUCACAGAAUGAUGAAAGUUGGCCUCAAGUUUUAGAGGAGAAGAAAACUAAGAUUAAAUCUAUCUCACAAGCAGUCACUGCACUAGAUGCUUUAGGAUAUCGUCGGAACAUGAGAGGGUUGCCUGAUAAAGAUUCCACGACCGUUAGGAAAAGAAAUCCUCUGGUUCCUAAUGACAAUAGACUCAGUAGAAGUAAACAAAGUGUACUGCACGAAACCAACACAAACAAGAAUGAUCCCUAUGGUCCAAUGAGUGGAUCCAAUCUGAUCUGCUAUAGUGAUCAGGGUCGAAAUCAGGAUCUAGAUCUAGAUUUGGAUCCUGAAGACAGUUCUGAGAGUGAAUCCUACAAGUUCACCAAACCAGAAGGAUGCUACAGGCAUACAAGAGGCCGAAGCCAUGACGACCUACGAGGGUUAAAAUCAGCUGAUGACUGUGGACCCCUCUCCUCCCACUCCUACUGUGAUCUCCACUGCUCCAACAGACACAUUACUUAUUCAUCCAAUAGAAAGCUCUUUGAUAGUUUUGAUUGCUGAUAAUUCAAAUUGUUAGAUAAAACUUAGAGGACUCUAUUUUCAAAUUACCACUUAAUGUAUAGAGCUGCAAUAAUGAAUCCCAACUUUACUCAUUAUCUGAGCAGCAGUGACAAAGAUAUUUUCCGUUUUACUCUCUCAAAAAGUGUUAAACGGAAAGUACUUUGCUCUGAUGCAAAAGUUACUGUUAUAGAGAAACAACAAAUAACAAUUUUUAGAUAAAAAGCACUAGAAUAUGUUUAUAUGAACAGAGCUGAAAACUUUAGAAUGAUGAAGUGUACUGUUGUGAAUCAGGAAUACCACUCUUCGUACAGAGGGCCACCUAUAUUUUCAUCGUCAGUCCCUUUAUAUUGGAAAGUAUUUUAUAACUUUGCAACUAAUACAAGUGUAGCUUACAAUGCACAAAAUGGCGUAUAUUUUUUUUCUCCGCUUGUGUAUUUGAUCUUCAACGAAUAUUUGCCUAAAAUAAGAAAUCUUUCUGAUUUUCAUAUUCUUUACCAGAGAUAUAUUUAACUAGGCUUCCGUGCUACUCUGCGCCCAUCUUUGAUUUUAACUUUUAAUUGCUGCUCUAUCUUUUAUCUUCUUAAAAUAUCAAACAUUAACAAAAAAUACGCGAAUUUAUUAAUUUUUUUCGUAGAAUUAUUAUGAGCAUUCUAAAACCUUCCAAGGGGUCAUGUGAGGUUCCAAAAAAAUGGACCGGGUUGGUGCAGCCGUUGAAGGUUCUAAAAACAUGAAAAAAUUGUUAAUAAGAAAAUAUUGCAAAAUGAAAGGUAAAAGAAUCGAAGAAUUUGGGUGGAAAUUAAACGUAUCUCUUUCAUGAUUUUGAGAUUUUAUAAAAUAUUAUUAAGUUAAUUUUCUUUUAUAUUUUAUAGCAAAUGCAACACACAUUAUAAUGUGUGUCCUCCCACUGGAAUAUGAACACUUAAAGUAAAUUAUAAACAAUUGUGCUUUUUCUUAUAGAAACAUUUUGCAUAAUUACUCCUAAUAUUUAUUUUGAAAUUUUAAAUUGGCAAUAUUUCUAAUAAUACUAAUAAAAUUCUCUGUAAGCUUUU